AAGAAUGGAGCCUAAAGUGACGAUAGAGAAACAAAAUUUCACUUUAGCCCAAUCUCAAAGAAUUUUAAUAUUUUACCCUAAAUAUAGUCUGGUGGUGUAUUAAAUACGUAGAAAGGACAGGUCCGUUUAUGAAAUGGGUAUCAGUCGACCCACCCAAUUAGUUGCGGCACGCACAGGAGAAGCCGAAGCCGGCUAUUUGCGUUGCAUUUGAUUUGCUUAUUUCCCUCCUUCGCUCCUUCUUUCUGGCCCUCAAUUCACCCAGAUAUGGCCUCACAAGCAUCAGCAUCCUUUAAAGACCCGCCCGGACCAUCCAACGCAACUCCGCCAUCUCUCAAGCCCAAGCUUCCCCAACCUUCCGUUGUAUCCGGCGUCGCUGCCACCACGCCCUCUCCCAUCAAGCCCGAGGUUCCGACGCCCUCCACUGCCGUUCAACGGCCACCGCUUGCGCCUCCCUCUCCUGAUGCCGACGUGGUCCAAAUACCUAGCUACUCCAGGUGGUUUUCGUGGAAUAGCAUUCACGAGUGCGAGGUCCGAUUCCUUCCAGAAUUCUUCGAUUCGCGGUCGCCUUCUAAAAACCCUAAGAAUUAUAUGUACUACAGGAACUCUAUCAUUAAGCAUUUCAGGCACAAUCCUUCGGGUAAGCUCACCUUCACAGAGGUUAGGAAGACGCUUGUCGGCGAUGUUGGCUCCAUUCGCAGGGUUUUUGACUUCCUCGAAGCUUGGGGUUUGAUUAAUUAUUCGCCUUCAGCUUUGAAUAAGCCCUUGAAGUGGGAAGACAAGGACUCUAAGUCUACUUUGCAGGGCGGUGCUGAUGGUGGAGGCAGUUUAGCUGAUUCUACUCCUCCUAAGAGGGACAGUUCCAAGAGAUUAUGUAGCGGUUGCCAGUCUGUCUGCACCAUUGCCUGCUUUGUUUGUGACAAAUAUGACUUGACCCUUUGUGCCCGCUGCUAUGUCCGAGGAAACUACCGUGUUGGUGUCAGCUGCUCUGAUUUCAGGCGGGUUGAGAUCAGUGAAGAAAUAAGGACAGAAUGGACAGAAAAAGAGACAUUGCAACUUCUGGAAGCCGUUACACAUUAUGGUGACGAGUGGAAAAAGGUUGCACUGCAUGUUCCUGGUAGAAGUGAGAAGGACUGUGUUACUCAUUUUCUCAAACUUCCUUUUGGAGAAGAGUUUAGUGGUUAUGCAGAAUUGGGAGAACCUUGUAGCAAGUAUGACCAAAUAAAGAGCUGUAGCAACUCUGACUGUGGAUCAGAAAGUAUUGGCUCCUCAUCUGCAUGUAAAAGGAUGCGCCUAACACCUCUUGCGGAUGCAAGCAACCCAAUAAUGAGUCAGGCUGCUUUUCUAUCAGCUCUGGCGGGUACAGAGGUUGCAGAAGCUGCUGCUCGGGCAGCUGUAACAGCUUUGACUGAAAUUGAAUAUGGAGCAAGUAAAGGCAAUAUUGAAUCUCUUUCCAGGAAUACAAGACAACAAGUUGCUGGUGUUGCCGCUAACGGUGACACCAAUCUAAAUGCAUUGGAAGGAGCUUCACUAGAUGCUAAUUCACUGCCUGAGAAUGAAGAGGUAGAUGCAGAGAAAGCAAUUUCCAAGAUUAUAGAAGUGCAGAUGAAAGAGAUCCAGGAUAAGAUUGUUCAUUUUGAGGAGUUGGAUUUGCUGAUGGAAAAAGAGUGGCAACAGUUGGAACAAAUUAAAAAUUUGCUAUUUGUUGACCAGCUUGCCCUGUUGUUUCAUAAAAAAUCAACAUCAAAGACUGGGGAACGAGUGGAGGAAAAUGUAAGAACAGAUUGAUGUUUUAACAUGUUGUAUAUUCGAUCAAAUGCCAAGUUUAUUUCCUUCUGAGGCCUUCCCAUUUGCUUUGGCUGUGGUGUUCUCAAUGCUAAUGAAUUUAAUAUAAUAUUUUAGGGUCC